AUGGUUAGGGAAAAACAAGAUAGAGCCGUUCUUGGAUAUUCUUGGUGUGGACUGACUGAUACGUAUUGGGCGAUGAGCGAUAUCGUCAUGAAAUCCAAUCUCACGAUUAAGACAGUGGACGUUGGCAGCAGCAACGGGGCUAAACGGGUUGCGAGACGUCAGGCAGCGCGGAAUUGUUGGAACAUUGCUGCGAAAUUUUCUGCGUGUGUCGUGGCCCUGUGUGCAGGUCUGCACUUGUUCUACGGAUUCCUUCAUGUUGAGCGCACAGAUGUCACUACUUUGGUUUCCGAAAUUCCGGGGGUCAAAUUCCGGAAUGAUGACCAGAGGCGAGAACGCAUUGCAAAACACAAGGAAGAUUUAUGGAAAACUCUUCGAGCGAUGGAAAUGAACCUUCAAAGACGAGACCCCGAAAACAAUUCUUCCUUCCCCACUUCGUUGAUUGGAAGACUUGCCGAAAAUUCCACCUUGGACGUUUUGUGCGAAUUGAAACGAAGAGUUCCUUUUGCAAUCACCAGAAGCAAUCCAGCAUUCGCCAAAUCACCCAUGAAAAACUGGUUUCCCACUUCGAGUGAAAUCAUGACUGGCAAAAAGUUUGGCAAAUGCGCUGUUGUUUCCAGUUCAGGCUGUUUGCUAACUUCCUCCCUCGGCUCAAAGAUUGACGAAUUCGAACAAAUCCUUCGGGCGAACGCGGCCCCAACAGUUGGUUUCGAAAAUCACGUCGGAUCGAGAACCACUAUCCGAAUUUUAAAUAAUUUCGAGAUUUAUGGAUUAACGGAAUCAAUAAUGAUUCGACCUUACGAACACCAACGUCCUAUUAAUUACCCGGACACGCAAAACGCUACUCUCAUUGGAUGGGACGUUUGCUCUCAUCGAGGUGCUUACGAUCACAGG